CGGUUAACCACUGUGUGGACUGGAGAUCCGCGGGCCGGAACCGCGAGUCGGGGCUCCCCCGCCACACCCCUCUUGGGAUUUAAAGGGCCAGGAGGGGCUGGGUUCGGCCGAAGUCCGAACUAAGGGAGCGGGCAUGAGACGCUGCCCGUGCCGGGGGGGUCUGAACGAGGCAGAGCCCGGGGCGCUGCCGGCAGCGGCCCGCAUGGGGCUGGAGGCGCCGCGAGGGGGGCGGCGGCGGCAGCCCGGGCAGCAGCAACUUGGGCCCGGCGCCGGGGGCCCGGCGGGGCGGCCGGAGGGGGGCGGGCCCCGGGCCCGGACCACGGGGUCCUGCCUCCACUCUGAAUGCGAGAAGGCCAGCUUCGGGCCUGAAUGGGGGACAGACAGACAGACGGAGCCUGAAGCAGCCGGCCUCGGAGCGGAGACAGAGCGGCCCAGUCCAAAGACGGAGCCAGACAGGUCCAGCCCCCGGACACAUCCAGAAAGGAGCAGCCACUGGUCAGAGCUGGAGACACCCGGCUCCUGGACGGAGGAGCCUGGCACCGGUGGAUUUUGCACGGACCCACGCAGGCCCGGCCUCCAGUCUCGGCCACAGAGGGCCAGACUCUGGACACAACCAAGCGUUGAUGGGGCCUGGACCGAGUCAGAAAUACAUGGGCCACAGACCCAGCCCGAGAGGUCCAAGCCCUGGACGGAUAACCCCCGGACCCACCAGAAGAGCUCUGGCCUUCAGACGCAGCCGGAGGGGCCCUGGCGGGGGCUAUGCAUGGGUGGCUCCAGGACUCAACAGGCCCCUGAAGGCCCCUGCACAGCGUCUCUCACUGAUGGCUCCCAGAUACAACAGGAUACCGAAACCGCCUGGAGACAGGCUGGCACCCACGGUUUCCCAACACAGCAAGCUGCUGACGGCUCCUGGACACAGCCUGGCGCUGGUGAUGCACAGACACAAGAUACUCAUGGACCCCAGACAGAGCCUGGGACAGACUACUUUUUGGAGGAGCCCAACCAAGACGGCCCAUUAGCGGAACCAGAACCUGGACAGUUGCUGACUCACCUGUACUCUCACCUGGGGUAUAACUCCCUGACCCCUGUGCCCCGCCUCAUCAUCACUCCUGAAACCCCUGAGCCUGAGGCUCAGCCAGUGGGACUCCCGUCCAGGGUUGAAGUGGGCAGUGGAGGCUUCUCCUCCGCCUCCUCUUUCGAUGAGUCUGAGGAUGACGUGGUGGCCGGGGGCGGAGGUGCCAGCGACCCUGAGGACAGGUCUGGGAAUAAAUCCUGGAAGAAGCUGAAGACAGUUCUGAAGUAUUCGCCCUUCAUGGUCUACUUCCGAAAACACUACCCUUGGGUCCAGCUGUCCGGACAUGCUGGGAACUUCCAGGCGGGAGAGGAUGGUCGGAUUCUAAAGCGUUUCUGUCAGUGUGAGCAGCGCAGCCUGGAGCAGCUGAUGAACGACCCCCUGCGGCCUUUUGUGCCAACCUACUAUGGUGUGGUGCAAAGGGAUGACCAGGCCUUCAACCAGAUGGAAGAUCUCUUGGCGGACUUUGAGGGCCCCUCCAUCAUGGACUGCAAGAUGGGCAGCAGGACCUACCUGGAGGAGGAGCUGGUGAAGGCACGAGAACGGCCCCGGCCCCGCAAGGACAUGUAUGAGAAAAUGGUGGCCGUGGACCCCAGGGCCCCCACCCCUGAGGAGCACGCGCAGGGUGCCGUCACCAAGCCCCGCUAUAUGCAGUGGAGGGAGACUGUGAGCUCAACCUCCACCCUGGGCUUCCGCAUUGAGGGCAUCAAGAAAGCCGAUGGGACCUGCAACACCAACUUCAAGAAGACACAGGAGCUGGAGCAAGUGACAAAGGUGUUGGAGGACUUUGUGGAUGGGAACCAUGGAAUCCUGAGAAAGUAUGUGGCACGCCUAGAAGAACUCCGAGAAGCUCUGGAGAACUCCCCCUUCUUCAAGACCCAUGAGGUGGUGGGCAGCUCCCUUCUCUUUGUGCAUGACCACACUGGCCUGGCCAAGGUUUGGAUGAUCGACUUUGGCAAGACAGUGGCUCUGCCUGACCAUCAGACACUCAACCACCGGCUGCCCUGGGCUGAGGGUAAUCGUGAAGACGGCUACCUCUGGGGCCUGGACAACAUGAUUCGCCUUCUUCAGGGGCUGGCCCAGAGCUGACCCGCUUGCCUUUGUAAGGAUUCUUUAUUGGAUGGUACUCAGCUGGCUGGAGGAGCCCUGAGGUGUGCAGGGGCCAGAGUUCAGCCAUGGAGGCACUGACCUCUGGGACAGGAGAGGUUGUGGCACACCAUUCAAGCCCAGUGUGGAAGAUCUGAAGGGCCUUGGAGACCAAGUAGCACCCAGCCUUUUCAUGAUCCAGGGGUUGUAAGGACUGGAGAGGGGACAUGACGUGGCUGGGUCCCACUAUGGGUCAGAACCAGACUGGGUCCUCUGGCCAGCCAGGAAGGUUCCAGAGGGGCUGCUGGAGGCCACAACUAAACCAUACAUCCUAAAAGAACACCAUUCAGAUGCUGUAGGCUACAGGCCUGACACAUGCCUCUCACAACAGGAAUGACUGUGAUCACUACUCCUUGUCAGCCCCCUCCGGCUAUGAGCUGGCUCUGAUGCCAGGGACCAAUCAGCUUCAUCUGUGGUGCCCCAGAACCAGACCUUAUUUGUGAGCAAAUGCAGGAGCUGCUGUCUGCCUGGGAGCAUUAUGGCCCCAUCUCUUCUUCGGAGGGCCCUUCAGGUGCUGACAGAAGCUCUGAGAAGGGUGUGACACCAUGGGACCGGCCUGAGAGCUGACGCUGCUGAGCAGAGCCCAGUUCACCCUGUCCUGCCCUCCCAUGGCCCCAUGGGAUCCUCCCUGCUCCUGGGAGAGCUCUGCUGACCCCCUGCAGACCAAAACCACGGCCACAUCCUGUGCCAGCACUGUGACCAGCACAACCUCAUUCCUCUGGCACCAUCUCAGCUUUGGGACUUCCUCCCCUUACCCUGUGAGGUCUCCUUCCUCCCAGCUGAUGGAGGUGGCAGGGGCAGGGAAGCUGGCUUGGAACCAGAGCUACCUUCCUUUGGUGGCCUGCACCCCGCAGCCCUUGCGUGGGAAGUGCCCUGCUUGUGUCAGAGGCUCAGGGUGGGUGGGGCUGCUGGCUGUGACCCCAGGCUCCCAACCUGGUCCAAACCAAAGCCCCUCUUCCUUCCCUCUCCUCCUGUACUUGUAACUGGCUUCCUGGCCCACAGGGCUGGGCUGGGGAGGACAGGCAGCUCCCUCUUUGAGUCAAAACUCUAAUGUAGUCUUCCAGGGCUCAGGAGGCAUGUUCCUUUUCUAUGGACCUUUAUACUUAUUUAUACAAGAGAGACAGGUAGUUGUUAGACGGGGCAGUGCUGGGGAACUGGAGGCAACAUCGCUUCACUGCCUUCCCCCGACGACCUCCUAAUAAACAGGACAUUCAAAGCCAACUUUGUGGGAUUUUUUUUUUUUAAUCUGGCGAGUGUGGGCUCAAAGCUCAGGACAGUGAUCACUGUGGUUUGGGGUAGAUGGCUUGGAGGUUCCUGAGCGGCUCCUCUGUGCCUCACUCUGCUGGAUAAGGCAGGGUAACUGUGGUGACCAAGACAGUGCCGAGCCCUCCCAGGACAGUUUACCAGACAGAGUGCCAGCCCCUGCUGUGAGGGCUGCGAAGGGGAAGUGCAGGUGGAGGGAUUAGGCUGGGAUGGAGGAUUCCCCACUUCUGGUUAGAAACACUACACUACAGAAACAAAAAGCACUAUACUUAUACUAUAUAGUCUCUAAAGUCCCUUUGUACUGAAGACACAGCAGUGAUCAACACAGAUCUGUUCCUCCCCUUUCGGAGGGGAGGCAACAGGUAUUCAUGAAACUAAUCUCUAUCUA